CUUUCACAUCUCCUAGCUAGCCUGGAAGCCAAACAUACACACUCUCUGUUGAUCAUCCAUUAAUUUCUUCGCCGGUCUGAGGACAAAGCAAGGAGAAACCAACCAUGGCCAUGGUGCUGGACGCCUUCGCGUCCUACAUCGCCGACACGAUCAAGCAGAUGGCGAAGGACGAGGUGGGGAUGCUGCUCGGCGUCACCGGGGAGAUCGACAGCCUGAAGGACAAGCUGGAGAGCCUGAGGGACUACCUCGCCGACGCCGAGAGGAAGCGCAUCACCGACCACAGGGUGCAGGGGUGGGUCACAAAGCUCAAGGGUGUCAUGUACGAGGCGACCAACAUCCUCGACCUCUGCGAGCUCAAGGCCAUGGGUCGGCGGGAUGCAGCACCCUCACCCUGCUGCAACCCGCUGCUCUUCUGCUUGCGGCAUCCCAUGUUCGCCCAUGAUAUUGGCAGCCGCAUCAGGAAGCUCAACAAGAGGCUGGACGACAUCUGCAAGCUGGGUGCUGCCUUCAGCUUCAUCAAGCUGGAGACAUACCAGGACUACAGGACCGGACGACCUUCUGCUGCUGACCGGAAGACGGAUCCGGUGUUGGAGCGCUCGGCCGUGGUAGGGGAGAAGAUUGAAGAGGAUACAAAAGCACUGGUGGGGAAGCUGACAAAGGACAAUGAUGGCAUCAUGGUGCUAGCCAUCGUGGGUGUCGGUGGGAUCGGGAAGACCACCCUUGCCAAGAAGAUCUUCAACCAUGAGGACAUUCAACACAAGUUCCAAAAGAAGAUGUGGUUGAGCGUCACACAAGACUUCAGCAAGGUUGAGCUACUAAGGUUGGCCAUCACCGCCGCCGAUGGAAAACUCCCUGCGACUCAAGACAUAUCUAUGCUUGUCCCGGCCCUUCUCAACGCCGUCAGAAAUCAGAAAUUUCUUCUAGUUUUGGAUGACAUGUGGAGUGAUAGAGCAUGGACCUCAUUACUCAAUGCUCCCUUCAGCCACGGUGCCCCUGGUAGCCGGAUUGUCAUCACCACGAGAAAUGACACGGUUGCCCGAGGCAUGAGAGCCAGAGAGCCCUACCACCGCAUUGACAAAUUAGGGCCCGAGGAUGCCUGGUCAUUGCUCAGGAAACAGGUAGUCUCGGGCGAUGAAGAUGGACCUGACAUCGAUAUGCUUAAGGAUAUUGGACUGCAAGUGAUUGAAAAAUGUGAUGGUUUGCCUCUUGCUGUCAAAGUAAUGGGAGGACUUUUGCGUCAGAAAGGGAAGCAACGCCAUGACUGGGAGAUGGUUCUGAAUGAUUCUAUUUGGUCAGUAUCUGAAAUGCCCGAAGAACUUAACUAUGCAGUAUAUUUAAGCUAUGAAGAUUUGCCUCCUUGCAUCAAGCAGUGCUUUCUACACUACUCCCUUCUCCCUAAAGGUGGACUUUUCCAGCGUGCUGAAAUUAUUGGCAUGUGGAUUAGUGAAGGAUUUAUUCACGGAAGCUCAGACGACGACUUGGAAGAAUUAGGAAUAAAGUACUAUAUUGAGCUGAUACUUAGGAACCUUAUUGAGCCAGGGAUACAGUAUAUUGAUCACCCAGUUUUCAAUAUGCAUGAUAUUCUUCACUCAUUUGCUCAAUUUGUGGCUAGAGAUGAGGCAGUAGCUGUUCAGAGUGGAGAAAAUGGUAAUAUUAGUGAACUCACUGAACAAUCUGCAAAUGUCGCUCUACUGGUUGAAUCUUUACAUGAACUAAAGCACUUGAGGUACUUGUCCAUACGGAAUUCUGAUAUGUCUUGUCUGCCAGAGAACAUUGGGAAGAUGAAAUUCUUGCAGUACAUCAGCCUUAGAGGAAGCCAACAAUUUGUGAAACUUCCACAUAGCAUUGUAAAUUUGGGGAAGUUAUGGUCUCUUGACUUCCAUGGAACUAGUAUAAGAGAUAUACCUAGGGGGUUCUGUACUUUAAAAAAUUUGAGGAGACUUUAUGGGUUUCCAGUUCAGGUGGAUGGUGAUUGGUGUAGUUUAGAAGAGUUGGGCUCCCUUUGCCAGCUCAGGGAUCUUUCUCUGAAUGGACUGCAGAAUGCGUCUGCUACAUCGUCUGCCUCAAAGGCAAGGCUUAGUGAGAAGGUGCAUCUUACCAACUUGUAUUUACAGUGCAGUAGUAUACUUUGGGUUGAUGGGCUGAUUAAAGAUGAAGAAGGUGUCUCUGAGCAACAACAAAUCAAGGAGGUGUUUGAUGAGUUGUUCCCUCCACCUAGCGUUGAUACGCUUGCUAUCAGAGGAUAUUUUGGCCAACAACUCCCAAGGUGGAUGACGUUAACAUUACCAUCAUCCCUCCAGAGCUUAAGGAAUCUAGCGAUUGAUGACCUGGGUUGCUGCACACAACUUCCUGAUGGCUUGUGCCUACUCCCCUAUUUGGAGAAAUUCAGAAUCAGGCACGCUCCAUCCAUCAAGCGUGUUGGACCAGAAUUCCUCCAGCCCUACCAUCACCGUGGCGCUCACCCUUUCCACGCGGGACAUGCCUUUCCGAGAUUACACACGUUGGCCUUAAGAGGGAAUGCUUCAUGGGAGGAGUGGGUGUGGGAGGAGCAAGUGCAAGCCUUCCCUGUUUUGGAGGAGCUUUUCAUCCAAAAGUGCAAACUGAGGCUUGUUCCUCCUGGCCUUGCCUCAAAUGCAAGGGCUUUAAAAAAAAUAACUAUAUCUUUGGUACAGCAACUCAAAUUGCUGGAGAAUUUUGCUUCAGUUACUGAGCUUGCAGUAAAUUACAACCCCGACCUGGAGAGGAUCACUAAUCUCCCCAAUCUUCAGAAGCUUACCAUCAUCAAGUGCCCAAAGCUGAAUGUGUUAGAGGGUGUUCCUGCACUCCAGAUUCUUGACCUAGAGGAUUACGCCAUGGAAGAACUUCCAGAAUACAUGCGAGGUAUAAGGCCAAGACAUUUGCUGGUAGACUGCAAUCUAUGUCUGCUCACGUCAGUAGCCGCGGGACAAUCUGGCACCGAGUGGGACAAGUUCAGCCAUGUCGAACAUGUCAAGGCAUAUUCACAUGAUGGAAACAAAGCCAGAAAACUUUAUGUGUUGUACACAAGGGAUCCCUGCGGCUUGGAGACAAAUAUUAUCCACUCUUGUGUAUUUUCUUGCCAUGUAGGAACCUUAUCAUCUUCUAUGAUGGACGCACAAGGAUUUGAGUCUGUAUUCAAGAUGAGAAGAAGUACCUUCAACUAUGUCUACGGCUGGGUGUAUGUGUCAUCUUUAGAAGAUAUGAGCAGCUCCACCUUUGCUGAUGGCAGGGUGCUGUCUCUACAAGAUCGAGUAGCCCUUGCUCUGUUAGUGCUGAACUCUAGUGAGCCUCUGGAGACAAUAGGGUCCUCUGUUGGUGUGAACGGAUCAACCGUCUCACUGGUAACUGAUAGCUUUGUUGAUGAUAUGGCGGUGAAAGCACAAAGCUACUUGCGCUGGCCAUACCCCAAUGAAAUGGAGAAGACCAAAUCCAAGUUUCAUAAGAUCCAUGGUCUUCCAAACUGCUGCGGUGUUGUACAUUCAGUUCACAUCACACCGCAAGAUGAUGAGACAGGUUACAGCCUUGUACUGCAAGCCGUCGUUGAUCCAGAUUUGAGGUUCAUUCAUGGUCAAUGGAAAUGGUCAAAUAGCAGGAUCGAGCAUGGUAUUAUUCUGCACGACUCUGAUCUCUUCCAGUUCUGCGAGGAGGGCGAGUGGUUGAACGGCAACAAGCUCAAGGUAUCUUUAGAUGGAUCAGACGUUGGGGAAUAUGUAAUUGGCGGUGCAGAAUACCCCCUUCUCCCCUGGCUCCCGACACCUUAUAACCAGCUGGAAAAGGAGGACCUCCCAAACUUUCCUGAUCAAGCCGAGUUCAACAGGAGGCACUCUGCAGCCCGAACCGUCACACUGAAGGCGCUGGCAAGGUUUCAAGACACAUAUAAGUGGUUGCACAGAGGGACGUGGCACCCGAAAAACCCAGAUAAGGCAAUAUUGGCGUGCCUGAUGUUGCAUAACAUAGUGAUAGACUUGGAGGAAGGUGAAGGUGUAAAGUACAGUGAGGAGGCAAAUUACAUCAAGCAAGUGCGCAAGGUCAAGCAAGUGCGCAAGGUAGCAGACGAGGACGCUGCCAGAGCGAGGGAUAUACUGGCCCGGUACUGCUUGACUAGCAUGUCAUCGCAAUCUGGAGAUGCAGAGAAGGGGCAGGAAGUAGCUUCCGGCUCUGGGGGUAACUAA